GACAGCGUUUGUGGUGUCUGGUUUGGCGGCAAUGAUUGUGGUGUGUGUUUUCUUGACAAAGAAAAAGAGUAGUGUUAGGAAGAAUAGGAAAUUACAAGGGCAAAGUUGUAGGUUUUAGACGAGUAAAAUGCCAACAAGGUUGUCACUUUCGGAUAUUAAGUCUGCUACAAUGGGGUUCAAUCGAGAUAGGCUUGUUGGGGAGGGUGCAUCUGCCAAGGUUUAUAAAGGGUUUCUUCCUUUUCGAGGGGAUGUGGCUGUGAAGAGAUUUGAAAGAGAGAAUGAUUUGGAUUGUUUGCACAACCCUUUUGCUACUGAAUUUGCCACCAUAGUGAGUUACUUGCGGCACAAGAAUUUGGUUCAGCUUAAGGGGUGGUGCUGUGAGGGGAAUGAGUUGGUUCUGGUUUAUGAGUUUCUUCCCAAUGGGAGCCUCAAUAAGGUUUUGCAUAGAAACUUCAAUUCUUCCGUUGUUCUUUCGUGGCAGCAAAGGGUGAACAUUGUUCUCGGGGUUGCUUCAGCUCUUACCUACCUUCAUGAGGAGUGUGAGAGGCAGAUCAUUCAUAGGGAUGUGAAGGCAUGA